CGCCGUUUCGUCAUCAUCCCUACGUACCCACUUGUUUUGGUCACGUGCACUACAAUUCGCGGGAACCAACAUGGCGGACGAGACAAUUUCGAACUCAGUUCAGUGUCCUGUUUGUUUCAAAGACUUCACACCUGGGACAAUUAACGGACACCUGGACACAUGUUUACUGAGCAGCGCUGCUGACAGUCCGUCCACCGCCGUUGAGACUGGCCCUCCAGUGAAGAAAGUGCGCGUUUCGGAGCCUGUCAACGACUCUGUUUCAUCCUCCUCCUCCGCCAUGCCUGGGACGCAGUCCUCUUCGUCAGUGUUUUCUCUGUUUCAAGCCAACAAGGGCAAACUUGACGUUCAGCCUGACAUAAGUUCUGUGUUUUCAGGCAAACGAAGUCCCGUCAGUGCUUUCAGCAAGGGAACUAAACGUGUACUGACCGAGCCUGUGUCGGUACCAACAGGGAUAGAGACUCCAUCUGUGUCAAACAGCGAAGCUGAGAAGAACAUUAAUAAUCACUUGCCAGCACGGACCCUGUUAUCAUCAAACAAACCUCUGGCGGACGCUCUGAGACCGAACACGCUGGAGGAUUACUUUGGCCAGAACAAAGUUGUAGGCCAGCAAACUCUCAUCCGGUCGCUUCUGGAAUCUCAGGAGAUCCCUUCUCUUAUUCUCUGGGGUCCACCGGGAUGUGGAAAGACGACCCUAGCCCACAUCAUUGCCAGCAUGAGCAAAAAGAAAGGAUCGGCUCGUUUUGUUACGCUGUCGGCCACCAGUGCGUCCACCAACGACGUCCGAGAGGUGAUCAAGCAGGCGCAGAAUGAGCUCAGGCUGUGCAAGAGAAAGACAAUCCUGUUCAUUGAUGAAAUUCACCGCUUCAACAAAUCCCAGCAGGACACCUUCCUGCCUCACGUGGAGUGCGGUACCGUCACUCUGAUCGGAGCAACCACGGAGAAUCCAUCCUUCCAGGUGAACGCUGCUUUGCUGAGUAGAUGCAGGGUGCUGGUACUGGAGAAGCUGUCAGUCGAGGCAAUGGGCUCAAUUUUGAACAGGGCAGUGGCCGCACUUGGGAUCCAAGUCCAAGGACAACAUCCAACAAAUUCCUCUUAUCGAGAGCAGACCGAUAGCUCUGAACCUGCUAUAUACAUAGAGCAGAAGGCCUUGGACACCAUAGCCUACCUCUGUGAUGGUGACGCAAGAACUGGACUCAAUAGUCUCCAGCUGGCUGUUCAAGCUCAGAUGAAAUCCCCACGACUGAACCAGUCAACACAACACGGAUUUCCUCAAGAGAUCGUGGUGACGGAGGAGCAUAUCAAGGAGGGUCUCCAGAGGUCCCACAUCCUCUAUGAUAAAGCAGGUGAGCUCGUACCUGCUUACCGUUGGUGUCACUGGAGGAAAAAAACGAGGAUCUUUGCUCCGAGUAUCAAACUUUUUGUUGUUCCUUCUUGCAUUUAGUAAGGUCCGCUUUAA